GACAGGAAACCGUCGGGGGAAGAGAACAAAAGAGAAAGUAGCGGUCACGGCAGCGGCAUAGGCGAGAAAAUAAGAAUAAUAAAUAGUAUCGAUAACAACAAGUAGGAGUCAGGCGUUACGAGGAGAGAAGCGACUAAAAGAACAACCAUGGAUCGGGGGAGGGACGAUCGAGAAUUAGGUCAAUUGGACUGGAUCAUCGGAUCAAAAAGGGAAAAUCCGAUCCCGGAAGUGAGAGUCCAUUUAGACGGCGGAGAGGAAGGGGAGGGGAGGAGGGGGGGGGAGGAGGAUGAAUACAGUAGAGGGCAAAGGAGAAAAGGCAAAAAGCAAAGCAACCCUGCCUUUAAGGUUGUUGCAGCCGCUGUCUUGACCCCGUUGGGCCCACGGGCGCGAAGGCGGGGCGGUUAGAGGGCCUGGGAAAAAGGGCUGGAAUGGUGGGAAACGCAGGGGAGACAGACAGUGAGAGGCAAAGAGAGAGUGAAUGAGUGAGAGUGGACCAAGAGCAAAAG